AUGACAGAAAACGAAGGGCAAGAAAAUACGGAUGAGUACAAAAUGAACAAAAGACAAGAGCAGAUGAUGUACUGGCUUCGCUACAGCUUCAAAUACAAGAGAGCGUCUGUCAGAGCUAAUACCGGGAAGAAAAUUGAAAAUCUAGAUGGCCAGGUCGAGUACUUUAGUGGCAAGCAAAUUAUAGAUGCAAUUAUGGAAAGCGAAAUUUGGGGACGUCCAAAUGGAUUUCAAUCGCGAGAAAACUGCAUAGCCGUUAUUAGUUUUAUCAUGUCGCUUGGGACUUUUCUCCGCGUCCAUAAAGAGUACAAGAUUACUAAAGAAAAUAUAUCGAAAAAGCAGUUAUCGAAGAAAAAAUAUAGACUCUUAUUGAAUGUCGAAGAGCAACCACCCUUUGAAGAUUCGGCCGAGGAGUUUUACAUGUGGAACUAUCACCCGCCAAGUCGAUACGAUUUAUUGUAUGCCAUACUUGCCAUUUUUGGUUCUUUGACUUUUGUUAUGUACCCAAUCUGGCCAGAGAAGACUAGACAAGUUGGUUACUAUCUUGGCCUUGGUGGAACAGGCUUUCUUGGACUUUGCCUCGGCCUCUGCCUUUUGCGAAGCCUAAUUUACUGGGCAAUUUGGCUUCUUUCUCUGGGCCGCCAUCAUCUUUAUAUUCUUCCGAAUCUGACCGAAGACGUUGGUUUCCUCGACUCUUUUAUGCCUCUUUACAGCUACAAGCGCUACGAAUCAAAGCGAAAGAAAGAAAACCCUGUCGCUCCUGGAAAGAAAAAUAUCUGA